AAAAAACACAGAGCGGUGGCCAAAGCAAAACCGUCCAAUCAACUAGGAGUACACAUUUUAUUGUCUUUAUAUAUUAAAUAAAUAAAAAGCAAAAUAAAAUAAAAUAAAAAACACACACACACACACUGAAAACAAAGAAAAAACACAGAGCAAAAAUGGCGGACAAAGAAGAGCAGCACCACCAGCACCACAUAGUGAUGCUGCCGUUCAUGGCACAAGGCCACCUAAUCCCAUUCCUAGCACUAGCCAACCAAAUCCACCGCCGAUUCGGCUUCACAAUCACCAUCGCCACCACCCCACUCAACGUCCGCCACCUCGCCGCCGCCGUAGCCAAAAACCCUACACCAAGCUCCGGCAUCCACUUAUUCGAGCUCCCGCUCAACACCUCCGACCACGGCCUCCCGCCAAACGCCGAGAACACAGAAUCCCUCCCCUUAAACCUGGUCGUUAACCUCUUCCACUCCUCAACCUCCCUCGAACCACCGUUCCGUGCCCUUAUUCAGAACAUCACCGCCGAUCAAAACGGCCGCCCUCCCCUCUGCAUUAUCUCCGACGUCUUCAUGGGCUGGGCCAACGCCGUCGCCGAAUCCUUCGGCACCGUCAACGUGACCUUCUCCACCGGCGGCGCGUACGGCACCGCCGCAUACGUAUCCCUAUGGCAGCACCUCCCCCACCGCCGCCGUACUGCCGACGACGAGUUCAACCUCCCUGGAUUCCCCGACUCCUGCGUCUUCCAUAUCACUCAGCUCCACUCUUUCCUCAGGGCUGCAGACGGAACAGAUUCCUGGUCCAGAUUCUUCCAGCCACAGAUCGAAAACUCCAUGAAUUCCUUCGGCUGGUUGUGCAACACCGCCGAGGAAAUCGAACCCUUGGGAUUAAACAUCCUCAAGAACUACACUAACCUCCCCGUGUGGUGCAUUGGACCACUCCUCCCACCAAGAAUGUUGAAUUCAAACCCGACCGAACGUUUAAUCGGUCAACACACGGGUCGAAAACCCGGAGUUUCAGCCGAAAAAUGCCUCGAAUGGCUCGAUUCCCGCUCCGAAAGAUCGGUUCUUUACAUAUCCUUCGGCUCACAAAACACAAUUACCCCAUCUCAAAUGAUGGCACUAGCAAUGGGGUUGGAGGAAAGUAAAAAGCCAUUCAUUUGGGUGAUCAGGCCGCCCUUCGGCUUCGACCUGAAAGGCGAGUUCAAAUCCGAAGAGUGGCUGCCGAUCGGGUUCGAACAGAGGGUCGCCGACGUGGCGCUGGUGGUCCACGGGUGGGCCCCGCAGCUAGAGAUCCUAUGCCACAAAUCUACAGGGGCGUUCUUGACCCACUGCGGGUGGAAUUCGACGGCGGAGAGUUUGAGCCAGGGUGUGCCGAUGAUAGGGUGGCCGCUGGCGGCAGAGCAAGGGUACAAUGCGAAAAUGCUGGUGGAGGAAAUGGGAGUGUGCGUGGAGUUGACGAGAGGGCUUGCGGGUGUUGUAAGUAGGGAGAAGGUGAAGAGUGUGAUUGAGAGUGUUAUGGAUGGAGGAGAUAAAGCAGAGGAGAUGAAGAAGAAAGCAGGUGAAAUUGGAGAGUUGAUGAAAUUGGCUUUGAGUGAUGGAGUAGGAUCUUCACAUAGAGCAAUGGAUAAGUUUGUUUCUGCUCUUCUCUCACACAAACAAGAAACUGCAUGAUUGGCUCUGUGUAGAGUUUUCAUUGUGUAAUUGUAUAUCCAUAUAAUAUAUUGGAUAAAGUGCACCGAGGAUAAUAUAAUCAAACUAUUUACUUA